AUGAAGACAUCGGUGGAGCAUGUGCGCCUGUGGCCUGCGCCGCCUGAAGCAGCCUCACAGGAGGGAGACCUGCGGCGGCAGCGCGGCAUCAGGGAAACCUCCGCGGCGGCGGCAGCAGCGGCUUUCAGGGCCAGCGCCAGACGCUGGGCCCGGGCCGCGUUUGGCUGGCGGGGCGCGGAGCUGUGGAGCGGCGCGCGGGAGGCGGCGGUGGCGGCGGCCGCCGCCUGCGGCGCGGCGCUGGUCAGGCGUGGCUGGGUGGGCCUGGCAGUGCAGGCUGCACGCCUGCUGAUGGCCCUUGGGCUCCGCCGCUUCCUGGGAGACGUGGUGGCACACGCGGCGGCGCAGGGCCAGGCCGCGGCGCUGGGGGUACUGUGUGUGGCCGCCGCACAGCGAGGCGCGCGGCCCCUGGGGCAGCAGCUGCUUGGGGAGCUGCUGGGCGAGCGGCAUGUGGUGGCGGCAGCAGCCAUGGCGGAAGCGUUUUGGCACGUGGCCGCGGCUGCGGGGCUGCGCCCCAACUCAGCCGCCGCGCUGCUGGCGCCAGCCGUGGUGGGGGCGGUGGACGGCGGCCGUGCCGACGCGGCGGCAGCGAUGCUGCAGCUGCUGUUUGCAGCCCACAUGCAGGCGCUGCUCAUAAGGGCGGAGCAGGCGCGCAGCGGCGGGAACGGCUGCUGGCUGCGCACUCUGAUGAUGGUGGGCGACAGCUGGGCGCUGCUGGCGGUGGAUGGGCGCCACCAGACCGCUGCUGACCUGGCAGGGGCGCUGUACGACCACCAGCCGGGGCCCGCCAGCCGGCAGCAGGUUGCAGCUGUGCUGGCGGAAGGGACACGAGAGAUGGCGGAGGCAGGCCGGCAGGCGGAUGCAGUGGCGGUACAGGCAUUGCUGUACCGCCAGGACCGGCUGGACCUGCUGGCUGCCAUGCUGGCUGCCCUGGCGGGGCAGCACCAGGGGCCGCACGAGCAGCUGGUUGCGGCCAGCUGCCGCCAGCUUCUGCUGUCGGGAGGGGCAACGGAGGCUGCCGCGGUGCUAGCUGAGCUCUAUGCUUCUGGGCACCCCCACCAUGUCAGCCGGGUGGCUGUGGCUGCUCUCGUGGAUGCGGUGGAUGGAGGGGCGGUGGAAGCGGUGGCGGCCGCCGAGGCGCUGCUGUGGCGGCGCGGCUGCGUGCCGCUGCUGCGGGAUGUGUGGCUGGCAGCCCUGCGCGAGGGCUGGGCGGAUGCCCUGGCGGCAGUGGCCUGGCAGGCGCUGCGGCAGGGCGGCGGCGACAUGGUGACUUUCUUGCUGGCGGCCAUUGUGGGGCAAGGGACGGCAGGCCUGGCGGCGGCCUUGGUGCGCCAGCUCAUGGACGUGUCUGCAUGCAGCCCGCUGGUUGUGAAGGCCGCGGGCGAGGCGCUGGUGGCGGCGGUGCGCGGCGGCGCCGCAGCCCAGGCAGCCAGCUUGACUGCACAGCUGAGUCAAGAAGGGAGCGCAGAGCUGGUCGGCCAAUUAACAGACUACCUGAGCAGCACGGGGCGGGCGGAGGAGCUUCGCAAGCUGUCGUGA